AUUGAUCGGUCUUUCUGUGUGUUGCCUAUGUGGAAGGGAACAACUAGAAAUCGACAUCUUCUCAUUAAAUUGAUGUUUUAGCUGUUAUUAUAACAGAUGCUUCGGCAUCAUGGCUGAUAACAGCGACACAGAAAGUCAAAGCUCUCAGGCUGUCGCGGAUGUGACAGUUUUGAUUGAUUAUUUGCGUAAAAUCGUACCUUUGUUGUUGGAAGAUGGAGAGCCGUCUGCUGCUUUGGACAACGCCCUUGCGCACAGAGUGCACCAGGAAUACAUGAAAAAGUUCCUGUCAGAUGUUCAGUCUCCAAGUCUACUGAUUGCGAGAAGUGUAACAAAAGAUGAAGAGGAAGAGGAGAACACAGACUCUCCUGAUGCUCCAGGAGACGAACCAGAGGUCACCUACACUGUUGGUGUUGAGGUUCAAUUCUACAACAGCAAGAUGGCAAGUUUGGUGUUCCUGAAGAAGGGGCUCAUCAUUGAUGCAGACAAGUGUAUCUCAAGCCAGCUCCGUGUCAUCAACCUGAGUGAGGGCUCUCCCUUUGAGACACUCCACGCCUAUGUCAGCACAGCAGUUGCACCCUACUUCAAGUCCUAUGUGAGAGCAUCUGGAAAAGUUGACAGGGAUGGAGAUAAGAUGGCUCCCUCUGUGGAGAAAAAGAUCGCCGAGCUCGAGAUGGGUCUCCUCCAUCUCCAGCAGAACAUUGACAUUCCCGAUGUCACCCUACCCAUCAAUCCGGUAGUUUCUACCAUGAUCAGGAAGUGUGGAGAUGAGGGUCGCAAGCCAAAGGUCAUCGACUUUGCUGACAAGGCCGAGGAUUCCACCUUCCUCAACACCCUACAGCAUGGAGUCAACCGAUGGAUCAGGGAAAUACAGAAGGUCACUAAAUUGGACAGAGACCCAGCCUCAGGCACUGCCCUGCAGGAGAUCAGCUUCUGGCUCAACCUGGAGCGUGCCCUGCUCAAGAUCCAGGAGAAAAGAGAGAGUCCAGAAGUGGCCCUGACCUUAGACAUCCUAAAGCAUGGCAAGCGCUUCCACGCUACUGUCAGUUUUGACACAGACACUGGCCUGAAGCAAGCUCUUGCCACAGUUGCCAACUACAGUCCCCUGAUGAAGGACUUUCCCCUCAAUGACCUCCUGUCCGCCACUGAGCUGGACCGCAUCCGCCAAGCCUUGGUGGCUAUCUUCCUCCACUUGCGCAAGAUCCGUAACACCAAGUACCCCAUCCAGCGUGCACUUCGUCUGGUUGAAGCCAUCUCUAGAGACCUUAGCUCUCAGCUGCUGAAGGUCCUUGGUACUCGUCGUCUGAUGCACAUCAGCCACGAGGAGUUUGAGAAGGUGAUGAAUGCUUGUUUUGAGGUGUUCGGCAGGUGGGACGAUGAGUACGAGAAGCUACAAUCACUCCUGAGGGACAUCGUCAAGAAGAAGAGAGAGGACAGUCUGAAGAUGGUGUGGAGGGUCAACCCAGCUCACAAGAAGCUCCAGAAUAGACUUGAACAGAUGAGGAAGUUCCGUCGCCAACAUGAGCAGCUACGAGCAGUGAUUGUCCGUGUGUUGCGCCCAGCUGUCACUGCUCAGGUGCCCAGCAGCCCUGGGGCUACCCCAAGCGAGGAACCAUCCCAGGCUAAACUCAAUGAACUCAUGAUGGAUUCUGCUGAUGCCAAUGCCAUAGAGGAAGUGAACCUGGCCUACGAGAAUGUGAAGGAAGUGGAUGGUCUGGAUGUUAGCAAGGAAGGAGCGGAAGCAUGGGAGGCUGCCAUGAAGCGAUACGACGAGCGAAUCGACCGUGUCGAGACCCGUAUCACAGCUCGUCUCCGUGACCAGCUUGGCACAGCUAAGAACGCCAACGAGAUGUUCCGCAUCUUUUCUCGCUUCAAUGCCCUGUUUGUUCGCCCUCACAUCCGCGGUGCCAUCAGGGAAUACCAGACCCAGCUCAUUCAGAGGGUCAAAGAUGACAUUGAGUCCCUGCAUGACAAGUUUAAGGUGCAAUACCCCCAGAGCAAGGCAUGCAAGAUGAGCAAAGUGAGAGAUCUACCACCCGUUUCUGGAUCCAUCAUCUGGGCAAGACAGAUUGACCGCCAGCUUGGAGCCUACAUGCACCGUGUCGAGGAUGUCCUUGGCAAAGGAUGGGAGAACCAUGUAGAGGGUCAGCGAUUGAAGGCUGAUGGUGAUAGCUUUAGGGCCAAGCUGGACACACAAGAGCUCUUUGAUGAAUGGUCUAGAAAGGUCCAAAUGCGCCAGCUGGGUGUAUCCGGUAGGAUCUUCACCAUUGAGAGCAUCAGGGCCAGGAUCGGAGCCAAGGCUGCUAACGCACUCAGACUCAAAGUCAACUUCCUACCAGACAUCAUCACUCUCUCCAAAGAGGUGCGCAACCUAAAAUGGAUGGGAUUCCGUGUCCCUCUGGCUAUCAUCAACAAAGCCCACCAGGCUAACCAACUCUACCCCUUCGCCAUCUCCCUCAUUGAGAGUGUACGCACGUACGAGCGCACCAAUGAGAAGGUUGAGGAGCGCUUUUCCAUCACCCUCUUGGUGGCUGGUUUGAAGAAGGACGUCCAAGGACUCGUCUCAGAGGGAUCUCAUCUUGCAUGGGAAUCUUACAAGCUAGACAACUAUGUGCAGAAGCUGUCUGAGGCUGUCUUCAACUACCAGGAGAAGGUGGACGACCUGCUAGUGAUUGAGGAGAGAAUCGAUGAUGAGGUCCAUGCUCUUGACACCUGCCAGUACGCCCCCAUCAUCCUGGCCGAGAUCUUGAGUAAAGUCCAGAAGGCAGUCGAUGAUCUCAGUCUUCACUCUUACUCCAACCUGCCACAAUGGGUGGCCAAGCUUGAUCAAGAGGUUGAGAAGCGCCUAGCCAAACGUCUGGAAGCUGGCAUCCGGGCCUGGACCAAGUGCCUCCUUGGUGAGGAUGGACAAGGUAUGGAGGACAACAUGGACACUGAUGGACCAGCUAAAGUCAGACCAGGAGGAGAUCCCAAGAUCACGGGUCUGAUCCAUGAGAUCCGCAUCACCAACCAAGUGAUGUACCUCUCACCUCCUGUGGAAGAGGCACGCUAUCAGCUCAUGCAACAGCUCUUCAACUGGGAGGGUAUCAUCAUCAACCAGAGGAGGCUAGAGAGCUCCAGAUACCAGGUUGGCGUAGAGCAGCAUGAAUCAAGCAAGGCACAGAUCUACCGCAAUCUUCUGUGCAAGCUGCCCGAUGGUCCAGCAGUUCUGGAGGAAGCUUACCGAGCCAUUGACAAGAUCCUCAAACGUGUCCAAGACUAUGUCAAGGAAUGGCUCCAGUUCCAGUCCCUGUGGGACAUGCAGCCUCACAAUGUCUAUGACCGAGUCGGUGAUGACAUGAACAAGUGGAUGAUGCUUCUUCAGCAGAUCAGGCAAUCUCGCACCACCUUCGACAAUGCAGAGACCAGGAAGGAGUUUGGACCCAUUGUUGUGGAGUAUGGGAAGGUCCAGUCCAAGGUGAACAUGAAGUAUGACUCGUGGCACAAGGAGAUCCUGAGCAAGUUUGGCAACAUGCUCGGUUCGCAGAUGACAGAGUUCCAUGGUGCUGUCUCCAAGUCUCGCACUGAUCUUGAGCAGCACUCUGUGGACACAGCAAGCACAUCAGAUGCUGUCACCUUCAUCACCUACGUCCAGAACCUCAAACGCAAGUACCGUGCCUGGGAGAAGCAGGUCGAGAGCUACCGAGGUGGACAGAAGCUGCUGGAGCGUCAUCGCUACCAGUUCCCAACCAGCUGGCUCUACGUAGACAACAUCGAAGGAGAAUGGGGAGCCUACAAUGAGAUCAUGAAGCGCAAGGAAGGAUCCAUCCAGACACAGGUAGCCAGUCUCCAGAUGAAGAUUGUGGCAGAGGAUAGAUCUGUGGAAGCCAGGACUACUGAGCUGCUAGCUGAGUGGGACAAGGGCAAACCCAUCCAGGGUGACCUGAAACCUGACACAGCCACCAACAGCUUGUGGAUCUUUGAGGGCAAGUUCACUCGCCUCACAGAGGACAGGGACAAUGUAGCCAAGGCUAAGGAAGCUCUAGAGCUGCAGGAACUUGGUACUGUGAGUUCCAGUGAAGAGAGAGUCCAGGUAGCAUUAGAAGAGCUCCAGGACCUGAAGGGAGUCUGGUCAGAGCUGCAGAAGAUCUGGGAACAGAUUGAUGAACUCAAGGAGAAACCAUGGCUCUCCGUCGCUCCUCGCAAGCUUCGUCAGAGCAUUGACAGCCUGACCAAUGGACUGAAGGCCCUUCCAUCCAGACUCAGGCAGUACUCAUCCUAUGAACAUGUCCAGAAAGUGCUCAAGGGAUAUGCCAAGGUGAACAUGCUGGUGACAGAGCUCAAGUCUGAAGCCCUGAAGGAGCGUCACUGGAAGCUGCUGAUGCGCAGGCUGAGGGUUAACUGGGUUCUGUCGGAGCUGACCCUAGGCCAGGUCUGGGAUGUGGACCUUCAGAGGAACGAGCCCAUCGUCAGGGACAUCAUCAUGGUAGCUCAGGGAGAGAUGGCCCUGGAGGAGUUCUUGAAGCAGGUGCGUGAAUCAUGGCAGACUUACGAGCUGGACCUCAUCAACUUCCAGAACAAAUGUCGCAUCAUCCGAGGUUGGGAUGAUCUCUUCAACAAGGCCAAGGAACACAUCAACAGUGUGGCUGCCAUGAAGCUCUCUCCUUACUACAAGGUAUUUGAGGAGGAAGCACUGACCUGGGAAGAGAAGCUGAACCGCAUCAACGCUCUCUUUGAUGUCUGGAUAGAUGUCCAGAGACGAUGGGUGUACCUGGAAGGCAUCUUUUCAGGAUCAGCUGACAUCAAGCAUCUCCUACCAGUGGAGACACAGAGAUUCUCAAGCAUCAGCACUGAGUUCCUAGCCCUGAUGAAGAAGGUAGCCAAGGCACCCCUGGUCUUGGACGUGGUCAACAUUCCUGGAGUACAGCGCUCCCUGGAGAGACUGGCUGACCUUCUGGGCAAGAUCCAGAAGGCUCUCGGAGAGUACCUCGAGCGAGAGAGGGCCUCCUUCCCAAGAUUCUACUUUGUAGGAGAUGAGGACUUGCUGGAGAUCAUCGGUAACAGCAAGAAUGUGGAGAAACUCCAAAAGCAUUUCAAGAAGAUGUUUGCUGGGGUAUCCACCCUUACUCUCAGUGAGGACGCCACCCUGGUCCUUGGUCUCGCAUCACGCGAGGGAGAGGAGGUCACCUUCAAGACACCAGUGUCCAUCAAGGAGCAUCCCAAGAUCAAUGAAUGGUUGACCCUGGUAGAGAAUGAGAUGAGGGUCACUCUGGCCAAGAGUCUGGCCACUGCUGUGUCCGGUAUCACACAGUUCAAGGAAGGAGACAUUGAAUCUGAGAAGUAUCUGACAUGGGUCGACCAGUAUCAGGCCCAACUUGUGGUGCUGUCGGCCCAGAUCUCCUGGUCAGAGAGCACAGAUAAGGCUCUGGCAGCUGUGGAGAAGGAUGGAGGUAAGGACAUGAAGCCAGUAGAGGGUGUCCUUCAGACUGUCAACAAGACCCUCCAAGUUCUGGCUGACUCUGUCCUUCAGGAACAACCAGCUGUCAGGAGGAAGAAGCUUGAACAUCUGAUCACUGAGUUGGUCCACCAACGUGACGUGACUCGCAAGAUGAUCCAGGACAAAGUGGCUGGACCCAACGACUUCCAAUGGCUGUCCCAGAUGCGCUUCUACUUUGAUCCCAAGCACUCUGAUGUACUCCAGAUGCUCAGUAUCCAGAUGGCCAAUGCCCGCUUCAACUAUGGCUUUGAGUACCUAGGUGUCCAGGACAAGCUUGUCCAGACACCACUGACCGAUCGUUGCUACCUGACAAUGACACAGGCCCUUGAAGGACGUCUAGGAGGAUCACCAUUUGGUCCUGCUGGUACAGGCAAGACAGAGUCUGUGAAGGCUCUUGGACAUCAGCUGGGUCGCUUUGUGCUGGUCUUCAACUGUGAUGAACGCUUUGACUUCCAGGCCAUGGGUCGUAUCUUCGUUGGUCUGUGUCAAGUGGGAGCAUGGGGAUGCUUUGAUGAGUUCAAUCGUCUAGAGGAGAGGAUGCUGUCUGCUGUCUCUCAGCAGAUCCAGACCAUCCAGGAAGCACUCAAGGAACAGCUCCUAGAUGGCAAGAAGGGUGAGCAGAUCUUGGUGGAGCUGGUAGGCAAGCAGGUGAAGGUCAACCCAGACAUGGCCAUCUUCAUCACCAUGAACCCUGGUUACGCUGGCCGCUCCAACCUACCUGACAACCUCAAGAAGCUCUUCCGUAGCUUGGCAAUGACCAAGCCAAACCGUCAGCUCAUCUCACAGGUUAUGCUCUACUCACAGGGAUUCAGGACUGCUGAGAAGCUGGCCUCCAAGGUGGUGCCUUUCUUCCAGCUUUGUGAUGAGCAACUGUCCUCGCAGUCUCACUACGACUUUGGCUUACGAGCCCUGAAGAACGUACUUGUCAGUGCCGGUAAUGUGAAGAGAGACCACAUCAUACGUGUCAAGGAGCAGAGGGCAGAGAGGGGUGAAGAUGUAGAUGAAGGUUCCAUCACUGAGAAUCUUCCAGAACAAGAGAUCCUGAUCCAGAGUAUCUGUGAGACGAUGGUACCCAAACUGAUCGCUGAAGACAUCCCUCUGCUCUACAACCUGCUAUCAGAUGUGUUCCCUGGCAUCUCCUACACCCAGGCAGAGAUGAAGGGACUCAGGAGAGAGUUGGCCAAGGUCUGUGAGGAAAUGCACCUCACCUACGGAGAAGGAGAUGAAAUUGGAACCUCAUGGGUUGAGAAGGUGCUCCAACUAUACCAGAUCUCCAACCUGAACCAUGGUCUGAUGAUGGUGGGUCCCAGCGGCAGCGGCAAGAGUACCGCCUGGCGUGCACUGCUCAAGGCUCUUGAGAGACUGGAAGGUAUUGAGGGCGUGGCUCAGGUCAUUGACCCCAAGGCUAUCUCCAAGGAAGACCUCUAUGGUACACUGGACCCCAAUACCAGGGAAUGGACUGACGGUCUCUUCACGCACUUCCUCAGAAAGAUCAUUGACAAUGUUCGUGGUGAGAUCAACAAACGUCAAUGGAUCAUCUUUGAUGGUGAUGUUGACCCAGAAUGGGUUGAGAAUCUCAACAGUGUACUGGACGAGAACAAGCUACUCACCCUGCCCAAUGGAGAACGUCUUGGCAUACCUCCUAAUGUGCGUAUCAUGUUUGAGGUACAGGACCUUCGCUACGCCACCCUGGCCACUGUCACCCGCUGUGGCAUGGUGUGGUUCAGUGAGGACGUACUCAGUACUGAGCUCAUCUUUGAGAACUUCUUGACCAAGCUUCGCUGUGUUCCCCUGGAGGAAGGAGAGGAUAAGACCUACAAAAGCAGGGAUUCUGGAGAGAAGGAGGAUGUACUUUCACCUGUCAUGCAGGUUCAAGUGGACAGUGCCAAUGUAUUUGGUCCCCACUUCUCAUCUGACGGUGUGGUGAUACGUUGCCUUGAGUACGCAGCCAAGCAGGACCAGCACAUCAUGGACUUCACUCGCUUGAGAGCGCUCAACUCUCUCUUCUCCAUGCUUCAUCAGUGUAUACGCAACAUCAUCCAGUACAACCACACACACAGUGACUUCCCCAUGCAGUCGGACCAACUAGAGAAGUAUGUGUCCCGUUACCUGAUCCAUGCUCUCCUCUGGUCAUUCACUGGAGACAGCAAGAUGAAGGCAAGGACGGAAUUUGGAGAUUUCAUCCGUGGUAUCACCACCAUCCCUCUACCGGCUCAACAGACUAUACCUAUCAUCGACUUUGAGGUAUCUAUAUCAGGUGAAUGGGUUCCAUGGCAAUCCAAGGUGCCUCAGAUUGAGGUGGAGACUCACAAGGUAGCUGCCCCUGAUCUAGUGGUACCCACGCUUGACACCGUCCGUCAUGAGGCCCUUCUCUACACCUGGCUAGCGGAGCACAGACCCAUGGUGCUGUGUGGACCCCCUGGCAGUGGGAAGACCAUGACGCUCUUCAGUGCUCUCAGGGCCCUGCCAGACAUGGAGGUUGUUGGAUUGAACUUCUCCAGUGCCACCACCCCAGAGCUGAUGCUGAAGACCUUUGAUCACUAUUGUGAGUACCGACGUACCCCCAAUGGAGUUGUCCUAGCCCCGGUCCAGUUGGGCAAGUGGCUGGUGGUCUUCUGUGAUGAGAUCAAUCUGCCCGACAUGGACCAGUAUGGAACCCAGAGGGUCAUCUCCUUCUUGCGUCAGAUGUUGGAGCAUGGAGGCUUCUACCGCACAUCAGAUCAGGCUUGGGUCAAGUUUGAACGCAUCCAGUUUGUUGGUGCUUGCAACCCUCCAACAGAUCCUGGCAGAAAACCACUUUCACACAGGUUCUUGCGUCAUGUGCCGGUAGUAUACGUGGACUACCCAGGCCCAGCAUCACUGACCCAGAUCUACGGUACAUUCAACCGUGCCCUUCUGCGUCUCAUCCCUAGCUUGCGUACCUAUGCUGAACCUCUCACCAAUGCUAUGGUGGAGUUCUACACUAUCUCACAAGAACGCUUCACUCAAGACAUGCAACCCCAUUACAUCUACAGUCCUCGUGAGAUGACUCGUUGGGUGCGUGGCAUCGUCGAAGCACUGCGCCCUCUGGAGUCUCUGUCUGUAGAGGGUCUGGUUCGCAUCUGGGCUCAUGAGGCUCUACGUCUCUUCCAAGACAGGCUUGUUGAGGAUGAGGAGAGGAUGUGGACAGAUCAGAACAUUGAUGCGAUUGCUAUGAAACACUUCCCCAACAUCACCAAGAAGGAGGCUCUUGGUAGACCCAUCCUCUUCAGCAACUGGCUCUCCAAGGAUUACAUACCGGUGGACCAAGAGGAGCUCAGGGACUAUGUCAAAGCUAGACUCAAGGUGUUCUAUGAGGAGGAGCUGGAUGUACCCCUGGUUCUGUUCAACGAAGUCUUGGACCACGUCCUACGUAUUGACAGAAUCUUCAGACAACCACAGGGUCACUUGCUUCUGAUUGGAGUGAGUGGUGCAGGAAAGACAACACUUUCACGCUUUGUAGCCUGGAUGAAUGGUCUCAGCAUCGUCCAAGUCAAGGUACACAACAAGUACACUGCAGCAGACUUUGAUGAGGACCUGAGAAUAGUGCUUCGUAGAUCUGGUUGUAAGGAUGAGAAGAUUGUGUUCAUCAUGGAUGAAUCCAAUGUCCUGGAUUCCAGCUUCCUGGAGAGGAUGAACACCCUGCUAGCAAAUGGAGAGGUGCCAGGUCUGUUUGAAGGAGAUGAAUACACCAUGCUGAUGACCCAGUGCAAGGAAGGUGCCCAGCGCAUGGGCCACAUGCUGGACUCUACCGAAGAGCUUUACAAGUGGUUCACUGGUCAGGUCAUCCGCAACCUCCAUGUGGUGUUCACCAUGAACCCGUCUUCAGAAGGUCUCAAGGAUAGAGCUGCCACAUCACCAGCUCUCUUCAACAGAUGUGUGUUGAACUGGUUUGGAGAUUGGACCACCCAUGCCCUCUUCCAAGUUGGUAGAGAGUUUACCAACAAGGUGGAUCUGGACAAGUCAGAUUACAUCGCACCAGACUAUCUGCCUGUAGCCUACGAGGGCGUUUCACAGCACCCAACUCAUCGUGAUGCCAUCGUCAAUGCCUUUGUGUUUGUCCACCUGACCUUACACCAAGCCAAUCAGAGACUCCAGAAGAGAGGUGGGCGUGUCAUGGCUAUCACCCCUAGGCAUUACCUGGACUUCAUCCACCACUAUGUGAAGCUGUACACUGAGAAGCGCUCAGACCUAGAGGAGCAGCAGCUCCAUCUCAACGUUGGUCUCCAGAAGAUCAAGGAGACGGUGGAGCAAGUAGAGGAGCUUCAGAAGAGCCUUGCACUCAAGAGUCAGGAGCUGGUGGCCAAGAAUGCUGCUGCCAAUUCCAAGCUCAAACAGAUGGUGAAAGAUCAACAAGAAGCUGAGCAGAAGAAGGUUACCAGUCAAGAGAUCCAGCAGACUUUAGCCGAACAGACCAAACACAUCGGCGAGAAACGCAAAGACGUCAUGUCAGACCUGUCCAAGGUAGAACCGGCUGUCAAAGAUGCACAGCAAGCUGUCAAGGGCAUCAAGAAGCAGAACCUAGUGGAGAUCCGAUCCAUGGGUAACCCCCCACAGAUGGUACGACUGGCCCUGGAGUCCAUCUGCAUACUGCUGGGUGAGGCAGCUGCAGACUGGAAGACCAUCAGACAGGUGGUCAUCAAAGACAACUUCAUUAGCACCAUCGUCAACUUCACAACUGAGGACAUCAGUGAUGACAUCAGAGUCAAAAUGCAGAAGUACCUGAGCAACGCUGACUACACUUAUGAGAAAAUAAACAGGGCUAGUGUGGCUUGUGGUCCACUGGUCAAGUGGGCUAUUGCUCAGAUCAAUUUCUCAGAGAUGUUGAGGCGAGUGGAGCCUCUUCGCAAUGAGCUGGUUAGCCUUGAGGUCGAGGCCAACGGCAACAAGAUGAAGCAGGAGGAAGUGAACAAGCUGAUCGCUCAUCUUGAACGUUCCAUCGCUUUCUACAAGGAAGAGUAUGCGCAGCUUAUCAGCCAGGCACAGGCUAUCAAGACAGACCUGGAGAACGUGCAGAUCAAGGUUGACCGUAGCACAGCCCUCCUACGCAGCUUGUCCAUUGAGAGAGAACGCUGGGAGGCUGGUAGUGAGUCCUUCAAGAUGCAGAUGUCUACCAUCUUGGGAGACGUCCUGCUGUCGUCAGCCUUCAUGGCGUACGCUGGUUACUUUGAUCAGAUGAUGAGGCAGAACCUCUUCAACAGCUGGGCCGGCCAUCUGCAGAAGGCUCGCAUCAAGUUCAGGCAUGACAUUGCCAGGGUUGAAUACCUGUCCAAUGCUGAUGAGCGCCUCCACUGGCAUGCCAGUGCUCUACCCUCAGACGAUCUUUGUACAGAAAAUGCUAUCAUGCUGAAGCGAUUCAACAGAUACCCAUUGAUCAUCGACCCAUCAGGACAGGCCACAGAGUUCAUCAUGAAUGAGUACAGAGAUAAGAAAAUCACAAAGACAAGUUUCUUGGAUGAUGCCUUCCGCAAGAACUUGGAGAGCUCUCUGAGGUUUGGAAACCCAUUGCUGGUGCAGGAUGUGGAGAACUACGAUCCCAUCCUGAACCCUGUUCUCAACCGUGAAGUGCGUCGUACAGGUGGUCGUGUGCUUAUCAGUCUGGGUGAUCAGGACAUCGAUCUCUCGCCAUCCUUCAUGAUCUUCCUCUCAACCAGGGAUCCAACGGUUGAGUUCCCACCAGACAUCUGUUCUCGUGUCACCUUUGUCAACUUCACUGUGACUCGCAGCAGUCUCCAGAGCCAGUGCCUCAAUGAGGUACUCAAAGCAGAGCGCCCCGAUGUAGAUGAGAAGAGGUCUGAUCUACUCAAGCUGCAAGGCGAGUUCCAUCUUCGUCUGCGUCACCUUGAGAAAUCUCUACUGCAAGCCCUCAAUGAUGCCAAGGGAAGAAUCUUGGAUUCAGACAGUAUCAUUACCACCUUGGAGACUCUGAAGAAGGAAGCAGCAGAUGUGACCCGCAAGGUAGAAGAGACAGAUCAGGUCAUGGCUGAGGUUGAGAUGGUUUCGCAGCAAUACCUCUCACUAGCCCAGUCAUGCAGUAGUAUCUACUUCUCUCUGGAAGCACUCAACCUGGUGCACUUCUUGUACCAGUACUCUCUGAAGUUCUUCCUGGACAUCUUCCACUCUGUUCUGUGUGAGAACCCUCGUCUCCAGGGAGUGACGGAAUACUCCGCCAGGCUCUCCAUCAUCAUCAAGGAUCUCUUCCAGAUCUCGUACAACCGUGUAGCUCGAGGUAUGCUUCAUCAGGACCACCUUGUGUUUGCUGUGGUACUGUGCCGAAUCCACAUCAGAGGAAUGCAGAGUGAGAGGGAUUACAACUCUGAGUUUGAGCACUUCCUACGAGGGGCAGACCAGACCCUUCGCUCCACACCUGUCCCUAAGAUCGAGGGUCUGACCAACGACCAGUCGGACUCCAUGAUGAGACUUGCCAAGCUACCUGCAUUUGAGGGCCUGCCAGAGUUUGUGUCCUCUAGAAGUGAUUUCACCAAGUGGUUGAACUCCCAGAAUCCAGAACAUUCAGUCCCUCAGUGCUGGAAGGAGGCAACUCCAUUCACUGGCAUUGGUAAAUCUCUUCAUCACUUGCUGCUACUGCAAGCCUUCCGACCUGACAGGCUUCUCGCCUCCAUGCAACACUUUGUUAACGCUGUGUUUGGAGAACAUUUCCUUCAUGCAGCUGAGGUGGAGAUGGACCUGGCCAAUGUGGUAGAAUCUGAGCUGAAGAGCAACACCCCAGUGCUCAUGUGCUCAGUGCCUGGAUACGAUGCUAGCUGGCGUGUGGAUGACAUGGCUGCUGAGCUCAACAAGACCAUUUCUUCCAUUGCCAUUGGAUCUGCUGAGGGAUUCAGUCAGGCUGAGAAGGUCAUCAACUCUUCAACCAAGACUGGAAAAUGGGUGAUGCUGAAGAAUGUACAUCUUGCUCCUCAAUGGCUGGUCCAACUGGAGAAGAAGCUGCACAGUCUCUCACCGCAUCCCAGCUUCCGUCUCUUCCUCACCAUGGAGAUCAACCCCAAGGUGCCAGUCAACCUCCUGCGUGCCGGACGUAUCUUUGUCUUUGAGCCUCCACCAGGUGUGAAGGCUAACCUUCUGCGGACCUUCAGCACUGUACCUGUCUCUCGCAUGAACAAGGCUCCAAGUGAGAGAGCACGUCUGUACUUCCUCCUGGCUUGGCUUCAUGCUAUAAUCCAGGAACGUCUGGUCUACACCCCCCUAGGAUGGGCCAAGAAGUACGAGUUCACCGAGUCUGAUCUGCGCUGUGCUUGUGACACUCUGGACAUCUGGAUUGACACUGUUGCCAAGGGCCGCUCCAACCUGCCACCCAACAAGGUUCCAUGGGAUGCCAUGAAGACCCUCCUCUCCCAGUGCAUCUAUGGAGGACGCAUCGACAACGACUUUGACCAGCGCCUACUGUCGGCCUUUGUAGAGAAGCUCUUCAAUGCAAAGAGCUUUGACUCUGACUUCCCCCUCAUCCCAGACGUUGAAGGAAAGACUAUCUGCAUGCCAGAAGGAAUUAGACGUGAGCAGUUUGUACAGUGGGUGGAGGCCCUCCCUGACAACCAGACACCAUCAUGGCUAGGACUUCCCAACAAUGCAGAGAAGCUUCUGCUCACCACCCAAGGAAUCAGCUUGAUUGGAAAGCUGCUCAGGAUGCAGACCCUAGAGGACGAAGAAGACUUCAUGCAAAGUGCCACCAGUGAAGAAGAGAAGCAAGAGAUAGCUCGCCAUUCCUCGGAUGGUCGCCCUGCAUGGAUGCGUACACUGCAUGCCUCUGCUGCCAACUGGCUCUCACUCAUACCGAAGAAACUGACCUUGUUGAAACGUACAGCUGACAAGAUCAAGGAUCCAUUAUUCAGAUUCUUUGAGAGAGAGGUGAACCAUGGCAACCAGCUACUGAUGGAUGUCCGCAGUGACCUCAAGGAUGUCUUGGAUGUGUGCCAGGGCAAGAAGAAGCAGACCAACAAUGACCGAGCCCUGAUCGAGAACCUGGCCAAGGGCAUGUUGCCCCGUCGCUGGAACCGCUACACUGUACCAGCGGGACUGACUGUUAUCCAGUGGGUGUCUGACUUCAGUGACCGCAUCAACCAGCUCCAGAAGAUCUCCCUGGCAACCACAUCUGGUGGUUCCAAAGAACUCAAGAACCAAAGUGUAUGGUUAGGAGGACUGUUCACCACAGAAGCCUACAUCACAGCCACCAGACAGUAUGUGGCUCAAGCCAACAGCUGGCCACUAGAGGAACUCUACCUUGAGGUGACUGCCUCAGAUCAAGGAUCUCAGUUGAAACUUGAUGACUGCAGCUUUGCUGUUUCAGGACUGAAACUUCAAGGCGCUGUAUGCAAGGAGAACAAGAUUCACUUGACCUCCACCAUCUCCUCGGACCUACCCCAGACUAGCCUACGAUGGAUACAUGUCGAGAGUGGGAAAAGCCCCAACCUCCAGGGCAUGGUGAAGCUGCCUGUCUACUUGAACCAGACCCGGGCUGAUCUUCUCUUCACCCUUGACAUGACCAUGGGCGGAGAUUCUAAAAGUGAACUCAUUUUCUACGAGAGGGGUGUGGCCCUCCUGUGCUCUGGUCUCUCUGCUUAAAAGAGACGACACAAACCUUCAACAAAUAUUAUCUUACUCUUUCUUCUAUUUUGCUUCCCUUCUCUUUUUUUCCUUUUUCAUUCUCUGUCACUCUGUCCUGCUCCCAUUCAACAAUGUUUAUGGAAUUGUUGUGACAGAUAAAGGAGUGAUAAUUUGCGUAUGUGGAUAAUGAAUAUGAUUACUUGAGCACUCUUUGAUAACGAGAGUCACAUGAAAUAUGUAAGCAGGAAUAUAAUACUUUAUUCUAGUCUUACCAUUGAUUUCUAUGUAGUUUUGGGAUGCAUCCAUCGGAUGUUAUAGUUCGGAAUUAACGUCAUAUCUGUCUGUUCUCAUUUUCCUCCUUAUUAUUAUCUAAACUUGUACAACAUCACCCAUAAGUGUUAAAAACAUAUGUUAAAGUAACAUUGGUAAAGACUGUCUUAUCCACUGAUGAUUUGAACAAAAUUUAAAACAUGUCAAAGAAAAUAUCAAGAUGUUGUGAAAAGGUAAAAUUAAGAAGAUGUUAAGAAAAAAAGAAAAAAAUUAUGGUAGUUUUAUGAUUUUUCUCAGCUGAGAUGUUGAGUAUGUGCAUGUGAUUUUGAUCUUAAAAGAUUAUCUUAGUAGAAUAGGACUAUGCUCUUUAUUAACUAUUACUAAACUAAACUAUCAAUUGUUUUUGUUUGAUGUGUAGAAGUAUGCUGUGACAGAUUUGGCAGAAUUAUUUACUUCAAAUUCUUGAAUAAACAAUUUAAAAUAUCAGGAUCUUAUAUCUAUAUCAUUCUAGAUAAUACUAUAGGAUUUAUGAUUAUGACAUGAAGCAAGGUCUUUGCUUGUAAUUAAUACCAAUUUGUGACCAUUGUAUGAAUUGUUCUUUGUAAGUGUUUAUAUAGACAUUGAACCAUGAUUUUAUCCAUAUUGAAAGAGUGAAAAAAAAA